AUGUCGAUGUUGGUGCUGCUACAGGACAAUGAUAGCAGCCAAACAAUAAUGCUAUAUCGGGCCUUGAACGCAAAAUCCAUCCUCCAGGGUAGCCGUGAGGUUACGGAAUGCUUGGUGAAUGAAGAAGAGAAACGGACAAAACUUGGCCUUAUUAGCGUGGUCGUUACCGAGAAAGUGCUCAAACGCCAAGGCAUCCAGUGGGUUGCUAGAAUGCCGUCGUCCUUCGCCGCCCUUAGCCUGGCGAUGGAUUAA